AUGGCCCAGGCACCAACAGUCAUCAUGACUCAAGCCGGAUUUGUUCAUGCUCUCCAAAACUCCAACUGGCAGACCAGCCUGUGCAUUUGCUUCAGCGACUUCGGAGUCUGCCUCUGUUGGACGUUCUGCUUUACACGCCUUGGGUGUCAAGUGGCAGCUGACAUGAAUGAAUGCUGUUUGUGUGGGACAACUGUGGUGAAGAGGACCCUCUACCGAACCCGAUAUGGCAUUCCUGGAUCUCUUUGUGAUGACUAUAUGGCCACCCUCUUCUGUCCUGUUUGCUCUGUGUGCCAAAUUAAGAGAGACAUUAACCGGAGGAGAGCCGUGAAUACUUUCUAA